CAGCAAACAGCGUGUUGGCCUUAGGUAUUAUUUUGGCAUAGCUACUAGUUGUCGCUGAUAGAUUGUAAUCUUCCCACGCGCCAUCGCUGUUAAAAGCGCCCGACGGUAUGACAUCGACGUGCAGCUUCGUUUCGCGCCCGUCAGUGUGUUUCUGUACGUAAACAUAUCGGAUACAACUGAUGCAAGCAGCGUAGAAGAAUAGAAAGGAAAAGGCCGAGCGAAAUAGAUAAGGAUCGUCGUCCUACAAGAGGAAAGUGCAAGAUGAAAAGAAAAAUGCACUUUAAUGAAGUCAACUCAACCUGGAGACAGGAAAGGGAAAAUGUUGGAGACUAGAUGUUUAAGAAUUGAAGACGUCAAUGUGCCAUGCUGGUGGCAGAACUUUGGGUGGGAGUUCUGCUGCCGUGUAUUGGAAAUGCAUUUUGGCUGAAAUUAGUAUGCGUCCGUUGCAUAUGUGGAACAUGAUUAUUGUCAAGCAAGGGCGGCCAGCGUCGUUGAAACACUGCCUGUAGACAUUGGACAAUGAUAUCGUCACUGAAGAAAAAGCACCUAGAAAAGGUCAAACUAGUUAUGAUGACUAUUUAAAACAAUUUGUCCUUAGGCAAACACGGCAGACAACAACUAAUCACUACGAGAAGUACGCUUACCGGAGGGAUCAUAGCAAAAUUCGCUUGAUAUUCGGUAGCCCUGUUGUGCGUUGUAGGUGGAAAAAGUGCGAUACAAGCUUGUUUGUGGCUUUGAAGACAACGACAAUAGCUAUACAUAGCGAAAGCAAAGAUAGGAGUGUGUUUCUGCGCGAACGAAUAUAAACUAUUAUCAUGGACAUUCAUCUACAGGCAACACCUAAAAUAAGGUCAGUUAAGAGUGUUAGCAUAUUAGAACUGUUCCUCUGCGAACAAUGGAAAUACAAUAGUAGUUGUUGCGCAGAGGCGGUGGCUACAAAAAUUAGUCAGUAAUGAAAUCCCAUAUUUUUAUCCACGCCGCGUUAAGCAAACCAACCUAAAGCUACGGUGCCAUCGCUACGCUGGAUAACUCUCUUCAUCUGCUGACUUCCCGCAGACGCCCAAAAACUAUUGACAACUCUUCCCAAUCCCAUUUGUCGACGAAGUGUCGUUUAGAUGUAUACAAAUUUAUAUUGUAUCGCAGCUGUUCCUAUUUCUCACUGUGUCUCCUCCCGAGCCCUUCUCCUGGCAGUGUAUGGACAACCUUUUGACAAAUGAUCCUGACUCUUGAAAACCAUUCUCAGCGCCACUGGACCCUUACUUGGAAAUAUCUCUUUUUUCCGGGCUGUUAGCUACGUCUGCCGUCAACGUGCCAAAAGGGUCACGCCACGCCACGCCACGCCACGCCACCAAGUGGCAAUCCGCCUAGCGAGCCUGCUGGUGCAACCGCGAGCAGCGCCAAAUCACCAUGGACACGACCAUUCUUCCUUUGAAUUGUAACGGGCCCGCUAACGGCACAGAAAAGCUGUGUCGAGAAAUGGCAACGAGCAUUCAUAACUGCAGCGUUUCGACAUGUGCAGUUACCGAGCCGCCGGAUGAGACGCUGCAGAAUGUUCGCUUCGUAUUUCAGCAGCUGCUCGUGCCAAUCGUGGCGCUGGUUGGCAUCAUGUUCAAUUCGCUUACGAUGAUCAUUAUGACGCGACGGAGGAUGCGGAGUUCGACAAACAACUACCUAGCCGCCCUCGCGACCGCCGACUGCCUCUACCUAAUCUGCACGAUCUACUUCAGCCUGAGGCAUCGAUUCGGUGAGACUGAUCCCCGCUACAACUUCUAUCGGCGGAUGCGGCCACUGAUGCAGCUGCUGGUCGAUACAGCCCAGAAUACAUCGGUGUGGCUCACCGUUACGUUUACCAUCGAGCGCUACAUCGCCGUUUGCCAUCCCAUGCGAGGUAAAGUGCUCUGCACAGAAUCCCGCUCGCGGAAAGUCAUUCUGGCCGUGUUACUCUACACGAUCGUGUUAACGCUUCCAACCUUCUUUGAGUUCAAGAUCGUCGAAGAGCGGGAUUCUCGAAACGAGACAAUCGCACAGGUGAUCCAAUCGGAGAUGGGAGCUAAUGUCCUUUUCACGACAGUUUACUACUGGCUACUCGUUGUAAUGAAUACGGUCGUACCACUCGUUAUCCUUAUCGUGUUCAAUACGUUUCUCGUUCGCUCUGUACAUAUAUCACGUCGACAGCGUUCCACGAUGACGCUACGGCAGCGACCUAACUCGGCUCGGGAGCCCAGCAGCCAAGAAAACAAAAUCACCGUGAUGUUGAUCGCAGUCGUCAUACUGUUUCUCGUCUGUCAGAUGCCCUCCGCGGCUCUAUUAAUUUACACGACGUUUGACGAUGCGCGUACGACAUUCAUUUUGGUGUUGGGUAACUUUUUUAAUUUCCUCGUGUGCGUCAACGCGUCGGGAAACUUUGUGCUCUACUGUCUGCUGAGUAACAAAUAUCGGAAAACUUUUAUCAAUAUGUUCUGUCCGUGCUUGCAAGCACGUUUUAAUCCGUUACUGCACUCGAUAUAUGGGCAGUAUCAGAAUAGCACAACUGAUGAAAGUCCCGGGAUCAAUCGCAAACAUAGCUGUGCGUCAGUGGGCGGUCGGGGCCCAAAGGGACCAUUGGGGGAUGGAGCUACAAGCCAUAUGCUAUCAGUUCCUGCUACCGCUGGAGCAGGUAGACUGAGCGCUAACCCUGGAGCAGGUGAACAUCAACCGUCGAUCGACCCACUAUCGCUUAACAAUAAUCUGUUGACUCGAAAUGGUCGCAUGACGCGAGCCUCAUCGCUUCCGGAAAACCAUUCGCUUUGGUCCAGAUUUCGAUUCGGGUCGCGGUUCCGAAACGAAUUACCGGCUCAUCAGGUGACAAAAUCGCUAAAGGAUGACCAUAAAUUCAACAACGGAACGACAGCCACAGCAGUGCCCUGUACGAGGGAGUGCGUCGUAAUAGUGACAUCAGAUUACAACCUCAAAGACCAGCUGAACGACGUCAACCAAAAGGAUAGCAGUCCUGAUAUCUAACAGUAAUCAGUGUAUUCUGACUUAUCUGCAUAUAUACGCGGGGCACGCGGGUCAGUUUAUGUGUCGCUGUCUGUAUUGGGCGCAAUUUAAUGGCUGUCGAAGCCAAUUCUUAGCCAUGAUAACGACUACAGUACUGAUAGCGGCAGUCGAAGCAGACGACCCAGCAAAAUCAUCGAACAUGACCACACUUCUCUUCUGCUUGAUCGCAUUCUGUAUUCUACAUGCCGUGCCCUUUAAACCCAAUUGUCGUAGAUUUCAGACGACCCCACCUAAAGAUCCGUUUCUUAUAAAACAGGUCGUGUUUAUGAGAAAUAUUGGAUAAUGUACGACGUUUGCUUAUGCAUCGAUGGGUUUUACUGAUGCAAGAUGGGCACGCUAAUACACAGCAGACGUAUUAUGAUUACGGUGAUCAUGGGAGCGUGCGCAUCUGAUAUACAGAUAGAAAAGGAAUGCGAUGGGCCUGCAGAACGAAGGAAUAGAAAACGGGGAAACUUCGCAAUUUAUACGUAUGCGUGAUUGGGGAAAAUUUAAAGAGUGAAAAUGUUAGUGACGACAUAGCAGGUGAAAAAGGACCGGUUUUGUUUUAAAGCUAGAAGGCUGUGGUCUACAGUUUCUGAUUUUUGCUAGUGGAAAGAAUCAUUAGAAACAAGUUCUGAGUACGGCCAAUAGACGGACUAAACAGGUUUUAACAUUGAGACGAUGAUAUGCUCACAAUGUAAUUGACGUAGAAAUCUGUGUGCAGCGUGUGCCGAUGCCAAUGUGUACAUACGCUCCUAGACAAUGCAGCAAAAAAUGGAGAAUACCAUAUUUUAAUACAUGUACAUGCAUGUAGUCAAUAUUGUCAACCGUUGUGGCCAACUAACCAAUUACCAAGAAAUCCGUACCAUACAAGCACUAAUCUAAGGGAAUGGUACGUGCUUGUCCUUAACGUGCGGCGCUGUGAUUCCGUGUCCGAAAGGAAAACAUCAGAUACAACGAACAGACUGAUUAACAAAUAACGCUAAGAUAAACAAUAAUAAGAUAAACAAAUAAUAAUAACAUAUAUGAACGAUAAAGGUAAUAGCACACGAAGCACAAAAUGGAAACUAAUACUUACUAUCCGCAGCACGAAAUCAAGAUAUGUUCGAAAAUUUCGAUCGAGCGAGACGAAUGCAGACGAUAAUGAAAAUAAUGACAAUAGCCAUAAACAAAGGGUCCGUGGAAAACCUGCCCGCUCAAAUAUCGCACGAAGUUGUUAAUAUAGUUUUCUAAGCUUUCAUCCCACGCUGCGGCUCCAUCCAAAUCAUUAAUAUACAUUAACACAAAAUAGGAAACCGUAAAUGUACACACACCUACACCUGUUUUAAGCGAGUCAGUUGUAUGAAGGCUCACAAAAUGCUCGCACAUAAGCAAGUCAAUACGACAAGAGGUGUCGCCAGUCGUCUUGCCACUUCCCGGACUCCUCGAGAUGUAACCGGAAAUUGAUUAUCCCAGCAGUCUUGCCAGCGAUUGUUUACCAUCCUGCUGUGAUUCUGUUUACAUAAGGCAUAUGCCUAGAGCCAGUAGGUCCCGGCACUGCCCGUCGGCUUCUGGGCGAUUCGGAUUGCUCGAUAAGAUAGAGAAACCCCGGAAGCUGUUGUAACCUCAAUGCCGACCUUGCUGAGAACAACGGAUUUCCGCUUAACAAUGAGCUCCCUACUGAUGAAUCUCGGUUUUCGCACUUCUAUAAUCGUUGUCGGACGAGGCCAAACGACGUUAAAGCCAACAUGACCAAUUUCAGAGGAAAUAGCUGCUGAUGAUGAAUGCAAUGCAUUCUCUUACAAAACACAAAGGUGCUAUUAUAUUAUAUUAACGAGCAGCUUUAGGCGGAACACCAACAAGAUAUUGGCAGAAGCACAGCUGGUUAACCGCGACAAUUAACGAGGUAAUUGGGUUGGAAGGCGGAAAUUCAACUUUUUGAAAAAAAUAAAAUAUAUUUAUUGAGCAAUAGUAAAUUAAGCACCUGUAAGUAAGCGGUGCUGUGGUCGACCUUUUAUUAAUUGCCAUUUGGCCGAAACAUAUAACCGGAGAAACAUGCUUUGCUAGCAGACAAGGAACGAAACAGAUGAUGAAAACUGGACAAAAUCAACUUACUAAAUUAUAUGAUCGAGUAUAGUAGUUGAUAGUGGCGGCGACGAUGCCGACAAAAUUACAGAUUUUGAGAGAAGUCUUAGUAGUCGAAUUAUGAAAAAUCUUCUAUGCGUAUAGCAGAGAGCCUUGGACCAACAAACACUUCUUCGAGGAAAUUUUUUUUGGGAAGAUUUGCACCCGCAUACAUACACACAGAGAGUAAAGGGUUGUCGGCUCAUUAGAGUUUGAAUCAAUGCACUGAAGAUGUGUCACUCUUGCCUGAACUACCCAUUUGAAUAUAUUAUAGUCACGAUGUAAUCACAAUCGCGACAAACUUUCGACCCACGUAACGUUUGUCUAUACAUGUAUCGCUUUUCAAUGUUGCGCGGAAGCUCGGGUCUGUUGUUUGCCUUCAUAUACAUCUUGUAUCUUAAUUACGCUUGCUAUUAGAUGAAAUAGUUCGUAUCUAAGACGGAAUGCGCCAGCCAAAGUACUAUUGGGUUCCUCAUGAAGUUGCUGUAUGUAUUCGAUCAAUUUGUAUACCUAUUUUUCACUGUGGACAGUAAAAGUAAUAAUCGAUAAAAACAAAAAGACCUGAAAAACUAUUUCUUGCAUAUUUUACUAUUAAAUGUUAUAUACGUAACGGUUUCUAUUGAAACUAUUUCAAAGGCGAAAUUUCCAUCUAUAACCAGCCACUAUUAGACAGAUAAGUUUUUUUCCUCUUAAAACAGCACACAGCUAGCCUUAUUAUUAUUAUUAAGGAAAUGCUCUAUUGAUAUAUAUACUAGGAGUUUACGGGACAUGUAUCAACGCGCCUGACUUCAGCAAAAUGACUAAUAACAACAAAUAACGUAAUUGUCAUUACUAGUGAAGGAAGAUAUAUACUAGAGUGAGAGAAGAAAAGGAACGAGUGACCCGCAAUGAUUCCCAAAAUAACUCAUGGAAUACAUUUAAAUGUUAAAGAAGUAAAUAAAGCAAAGUGGGUCGUAUAGCAAAGAACUCUAUAUUUUAGUGAGCCCCGAACUGAUCGAAAUGAAUUGUGUAGUCGUAUCAUCAGCCCAUAGAACGUUAUAAUGAUAAUUAGCAUCUUCACAUAAGCACCAAAAAGGAUAAUACUAUUCAUUCAUGCUGAGAAAGAUCGUAACAGGAGAAAAACAUCUACAAUAACAAAAUAGAAACAAAAAUACAUUAAUUGAGGUGGA